AUGCUGGUGCUGGCAAUGGCGAAACCCGAACCAUCCCCAGACUCUCCUCCUGAUUACCUCCAUGAAGAUAGUCCUCCCGAGUGUCGGAUCCUUGAUACCACCCCUCCCUACUUCAAACACGGCUACUCCAACGAUGAAAAGAUCCACAAUUUCCACCAGUUGCCCAAGGCCGUGUCCAAAAAGAUCAUUAUCGAGAUCGUCACCACCACAAAGCCUGAUUCAGGGAACCUCACCCAGCCGUUAGUUCCCACGGCUGCGGACAAGCUCUACACCAACGGCGAUUACGUGUGUGGGUACAUCAAUAUCCAGAGCACGUACACCGAGCCCCUCCCGUAUGCCGUGUUUGCAGUGACGUUUUCCGGCAACAUCAACCUUUCUAGCCGGAACAACUCGACAUCAAAGACGAUUUUGCACACAAUAGACCUCUUUGCAUCUUCUUACCCUGAAGUGGACGCCCAGUUUGCUGUUUUAACGGCCAGGGACUAUGACGGGGUGGAAAUCGCCUUGCCAUAUUCGUACGACCUCCUUCCCCGGGUCAAGUACCGCAAAUACUUUGUCUUUAAGAUACCCACAAAGCUCCUCGACACGUUUUGCGAGCACGGAGAACUGCAACACUGCUCCCUUCCGCCCACAAUCAAGGACCGUGGCACCGGUCUGGGAGUCAAAUACGCCAUAGAAGCGUUCCUUGUGUGUGGAUCCACCCUAAGAAAUGACGACUUUGUAGUUAAAGGCUACAAGAAAAAAGAGGUGAGGUUUCAUCCCAGGUCCGUGGCGGCGAUAGAGCCGGAGCUCCCUGACAUGCCGCAGUACUUGCGCCAGACGACACGAACCUUGGAGACGGUGGAAGACUCUCGCAUACGGAAUCUAGCAACCAGAGAGAACAUUGCCGCAGCCAGACCAAUUCUCUCGCCCACCGUCUCUUCCAUCAAGGUCAUGUACUCCAGCGCAAUCAACCGGAGCUCGGUUCGCGAUUCUAACCCCCCGCCCGAGAUCUAUGUCAAGUACCAGUCCAGCAACAAAGUCUUUGGAUCCACCCUCUUUCUGACCUCCAACUGUUUGGGUGAAUUGAGGCUACAGACGCGAUUGCAUCCCCAAAUCGUCCCCCUCCUGGCUCUAAGAGACGGUGUCAACGUUUCCAUCCCGCUCGUGCUCCAAAUCGAGUUCUUCCCACAGACCAAGUCUAAGCCCCCUAAGUUCAAAAGCUUCACAGCCUCUUUCGUGGCGUUGACGGUGGAGUCACGGUAUGCGAUUCCCAUUCACUUUUCGGUGGACUUGUUCUUGAACAACGGCGGAAAGACCAUGGCCAAUGCCAAGGCCACUCUUAAGAGCAUCGCCGAGCGAGCCCUGGAAUUGGGUAAUGAGGCCUUUUCCGCAGAGGUGGCCAAGGCUCGCAGUGCUAUCCAUUCGAUGUCUGUCACCCAGCGCCGCUACUACAAGUCUGUGUUUGCUGUGAAAGGACAUGCUGGCUCCCUCUGGGGCGCAGGAAAUGAUACCAAAAGCGAUGUGGAAUUGUGUCUAGAGCUAGGCUCGACCGGGGAGUUUGCCGAGUUGAAAACAGAUAUCAUCCCCAGCUACCACAACUGCUUUAUCAACCGGUUGUAUGGAAUCAAACUUGAUGUGAACUUUGCCAAUAACGUCACGGCAUCGUUGUACAUUCCAAUCACCGUGGUGUAG